CAAUUCGUCAAUUCGUCAUUCCCGCGCUGCGCGUCGAGACGCACGGAUGUUGUCUCGUGUCGUUACAAAACGCGUAGAUUCGAGCCAAUUCAUCUAUUUACGGAUCACGGAAUAAGCUCACUACUUGUUUAUAUUUAUAUUGAAAACAAAUCAUCUGUUUAUUUAGCUGUGUUAAUUUUAUGCAAGUGUUUGAAUCGUUCAAUAAAUCUGCAUCGUUUGCAUUGUAUCAUACAAAAUGAACACAGGAUGGUUGGCAUGGGAAUGCAUUGUGUUCGGGUUGUUUGUGUGUGCGACGUCCUGUGUUCCUCUCUGGAGGAGGAAGAAGGACGCGGCGGCGGGGGGUGACGUAAAGAGGGCUUAUAUAUUCGCUGGAGGGGGCGUCUCUACUCUAUCCAUGAUCCUGUCUGUUGCGAGGGGAACUUUGGGUGUACGGUCUUUUCUAGGUUUUCCAUCCGAGCUGGUGUACUAUGGCUCAGCGAUGUGGGAGACCCUGUAUGGAAUGGUCCUGGCCUUCCCUCUGGUCUGCUGGGUCUUCAUACCAGUUUACUACAGACUUAAUACUAACUCCGUUUAUGAGUAUCUUCAGAUGAGAUUCGGAUCAAUCUGGGUACGACGCCUGGCAGCUGCUACUUUCCUAUUACGGCAGACCUUAAAUCUAGCAGUUACGGUGUACACUCCAAGUGUAGCCCUACAUGCGGUACUUGCUUUACCGCACUGGGCGUCAGCAGCUGCGUUGACUGGUGUAGCCAUUGUGUUUAACUUGCUUGGUGGUUUGGCGGCUGCUAUCAGGGCUGAUGUUAUACAAACACUGACUAUGGUACUGGUGAGCGCCGCCUUCAUCAUCCAAGCGACUGUAAAGGCUGGCGGGCCGCAGCAAGUCUUCACUGAUAAUGUAGAAGGAAACAGACUAAAGUUCUUUAAUUUCACAUUCGACCCAGCGGUACGAGUGGACACGAUGUCAGCUUUGAUUGGCCAACUCUUCAUGUCAGUUUCAAUAUAUGGCUGUCAACAGACCUUUGUACAAAGAUAUUGUUCUAUGUCCAGUGAAGCAAGGGUUAAAAGGACGUUACUUGCUAAUGUACCAGCUGUGUUCGUACUAUUCAGUUUAUCUUGGGUAGUCGGAAUGGCGUUAUAUGCUGUAUAUAAAUACUGUGAUCCGCUAAUGUCUGGUAGAAUUGUGGCUCCAGACGAAGUCCUGCCGUUUUAUGUCCAAGAUCAAUUUACUUUCCUCCCUGGAAUGUUGGGACUGUUCUUGGGCAGUUUAUUUAAUGGUGCUUUGAGUUUCCUCGUAUCGAACGUGAACUCGCUGUCCACUGUGACCUGGGAAGACUUCGUGUCCGCUGCUCCGGCGUUUAAAGGAAUUAGCGAUAAGCAGCAGUUGACGAUCAUCAAAAUUAUUGGUAUUAUUUACUCCUUAACAAUCAUGUGCCUAUCUCUAUCCGUGGGUCUUGUGGGGGGGGUCGUAGAGGGCUCUCUUCUGGUAACUUCUGCGACUUCUGGAGCUCUUCUGGGCGUUUUUCUUCUGGCAGCCAUAUUUCCAGUUGCUAAUGGCAAAGGAGCGUUAAGUGGCAUGUUAAUGGCACAUUUUAUCACCGCGUGGAUGGCAACUGGAAGACUUUUGUAUGUUAAUGACAAUGUUGCCAUGUUGCCUUUGUCUGUUGAGAAAUGUCGAAACGCAACGUUAAGCGCGAUAAGCCCGAAAGCGUUACCAGUUAAUCUCAACAAAACGUUAGCUCAGAUCGUCCCCAUGCUACAAGAACUAGACCCAACAGACGCGCCUCACAGACACAGACAUGAAGAGUCAGUAAUAUUCACAGCGCUAAUGAAAAUGUACUCAGUGUCAUACAUGUGGUACGCCGUCAUUGGAACAAUAACGUGCGUCGUAGUUGGAAUAUUAGUAGGCUUUUUUACUGCAAACGAAAACGAUGCGUUCGAUGAAAGACUAUUACAUCCAUUUGUGGCCAAAAUAGCCAGAAGACUACCGGGGAGAAAACGCACCUUCACAACAGAGGCGGAGGAAAAAGUUCCAAAUGAAAAGUCAUCGAACUCGACUGAGGAAACGAUUGUCGAAACAGAGGAAAAACCGCCGAUCGAGCAUAUAGUAAAUGGGAGUAUGAUAUUUGAUUCAUAUGAAAAUUUACCGGCGAGGACGAGACUUUGAAAUACAAAGCAGGUUUUAAUGUAGGUAUUUAAAUAUUUGAUGCUGACCAAAAAUUAGAAUACGGUCAAAAAUUAUGCUGAAUUUGAUGAUUUUUUUAAAAAGUCAGUUUGUUUUUUUUUUAAAUUGUAAAGUAAUUUAUUGCCAAGAUGAUUUGUAGGUUAGACGUGACUGCACGAAAGUAACAAAACUGUAAGAUUGUUGAUAAUGUUCUUUAUCAACAAAAGUACGGGUUACAAUUUUCUGUCAGAAGUAGGACUUACUUAAUUUGAAGACGCUGUAACGAAUUUUGCUUUUAAAAAUUAUCCUAAUCGAGAUUUGGAGUAAGAGGACAUAUAAGAAAUUAGUAUUCUAUCAACAAUGAUAUUCUUAAACACCACUUACAUUAACUAAAAAUUAAUUAUAAUCAACCAUACUAUUUGAUUUCAUAAUUUAAAAAUUUAAGCAGUAAAAUAAGUUAUCAUAAAUAGGAAAUAUUAUCGAAUUUUUAACUCAGGCCUCCUUACAAUAAGGGGCCUUCAAAUAGGCCCCUAGACAAAAGGGGCCUGUUGUAUUACGCCAUAAAUUUGAUAUUGUUGUGAUAGUAGAGUAGCUUGUAAAUAUAUAGACUAAGUAAUCCGAAUUUAA